CACAUAUGUUGCAGUGGGCACCGGAUUGUGGUGUGUUGUCAACGACAGAAAGAAACACAGCCAAGUUCCAUGCGCAGUGAUUGUCAACUGUACAACUAGAUGGAAGGCCACGCACAUGUUCGUCACGAAUACAAGCACACACCACACCCACACUACUGUCCCCCUUCACCCCUCCUUCACGCCAGCUUGUACGCUUCGAGCUCAUCAAUGUCGAAAUGCCAUCCCCUCACUGACACAGGCAGGAACACUCGUUCACCGUCACUGACAUCGCCGUGGUCGCUCGGCCUCACACUCGGCCGCUCCCACUGCCGCCACUCGUCGGGCUCAUCUGCUUCCACCAUGUAGCCUUGGCAGCGCUUGAGCUCCUCGUCGCUGGCUGCUGCAGGUGCGCCGAUGUGGUGGGCCUGGGCGGCCGGACGGAUGGCGAAGAUGAAGCAGUAAGGAGCGAGGACGGCCGUCACGUCGGAGUCGGGCGAAGAGAAAUCGAUGAGCUCGGUGACUCUCUCCUGCACACAUGGAUAGAGAGGAGACCAUCACCAUGACUGCCUGGCUUAUUGGAAUGAGUACCCACCUGUGUGCCCGCGAUGUCCAUCUUGUUGUUCCAGCCGAUGUAGCCCACAUAUGGGUGGCUGUCGGUCCCCCGCAGCUUCAAGGCGUGUGAUUUGAUGUCGUGGGUGCUCUCGGUCAUCUCUGUGACCUCGAUGGGCCCCUCGAUGAGGACGGCGAAGAGCUCGUUGCUGUCGGCCACACGGAAGAUGAGCACCAGGGGUGAGUGGCCCUUGACGGCAUGGAAGAAAUUUAACCACCUCCAACAAUCCACAGUCGCCCUGACGCGACACACGUACAGCAAGGGCGAACAGAGAGACAGAGAUGGCUGGCUGAUCCGAUCCCUGUGUCUGUGGGUGCCUUUCCGUUUUCUCACUUGUAUAUGCGCAUGACUGUGUCGCCCACACGUGGGGGGAUAUUGUCGGGUGCAUCAUCUCUGCCCUCACACCACUCUCGCAUCUGCUGCAGGUGUCGUGUCUGGAGAAGGCCAUCAGCAGGACCCAGAUAGCGAUCGGCAUCCAAACCGUACCUGACAGACCAACACUCAUACCCCAGAGAGAGGUGAGCCUUUCUCUCCCGUCCGACCCAUGGCCUGGUGCCCCUUCUUACAUGGUGAGUGCGUGUCGAUAUCCUUUGAGGUCCGCCUCGCCCACCGCCCCCUGCACAUCCAGCGACGUGAGGGCCGUCCCCUUCAUGUGCGCCCGCGCUGCCACGUCCACUAUGCGCCGCACGUAGUCCACCGCUACAUCGAGACUAUUGGGGUCAUACCUGACACACAAAGACAGACACCCAAUGAAUGACUGUUUUCUUGUCAUGGUAGCGGUUACUGCUCACUUGAGGAAUCGGUUCGCGAAUAGCGAGUCCUCGCCGAGCGACUUGGCCACGCCUUUCGUCAACGUCACGCUAAACCCACACACGUCAACCGACACCAACUGACACCAUCGGAUACCACGGCAGGGAAGGGAUGGCACACAGGAGUGAAUAGCUCGUUCUGUCUCCUCUCUUUCCUUCUGUCUGUCUAUGGUUGUCUUGCUUACCGAAUCCUCCUCGCUAUUGCCCGUCUUGAGCAGCGGUUUGAUGGCCUCCAGCCUCGCCUCGUGCGCUGCCUUGUCCUCCAGCCCCUUGCCCGUCACCACGCGCAGGUUGUCGCACAUGGUCAGGUGACCGCCCGUCGGCUCGCCACCCGCCCCUUGCUCUCCACCCGGCCGCUGUUCUAUAUGCCCCUGCUGGCCGUCCCCUUGCUGCUGUUCCUGGUGCUGGUGCUGGUGGUGGUGGUUGGCGCGCCGUUUGGUGGCAGGGUCAGACAUCAGCAACUCAACCCAAUACCUGAAUAAGAACAACCAACCGCAGCAGGCCGUGUCACUCAGGAAAGCCAAGACGCGCAGCGGUAUGGCUUACGUGAAUGGGGCGUCGCUUUGUCUGGACGGCGGUAUGACGAUGCUGUCGAUGGUCUGCUCUCCAACGUACGUGAUCAGCUGCUGAACCAACCUGUCAGAUACACACAAUCCACAUCCGUGCAGAGAAGGCAGUGUGAGACCCACACACGGCCACAGACGGGUGCGUAUGCCAUCUCUCUACCUACCAUAUGAACGCAUCUGAGAAGACCUGAAGGAAAAUGCGCUUGUCAGCGUCUCGAAUGAAAGCAUCAUCAAACCGGCCACAGAAGAGCAGCGCCAUGACGGUCCCCUUGACAGCGCAGAGUGUCGAGCGACGCGCACGAAAGUGCUGCCCGGCCACGUUGAAGUCCAGCACAUCACCCAUACAAUCGGCCUACAGCAACAACACCAGCAGCAGCGAUGCAGACCACUUCCCUUUCUCCCUCUUUCUGUGCGUUCCUUGGAUCUGACUGUUCUUACGGAUGCUUCUGGUGUGCCGCCCAUCUCUCUCUCCCUGUCCAUCAGAUCUUGGCGUAUCUUGCGCAUGGCCUCGGCGAUGGAGAGGCCUGCUCAAUGCUCUCGUCGAUGUGGACGAACUCAUCAUCGGUCCUGUCACCGCCGUGCGGCCAUUUGCGCUUCUCGCCAGCUGCGGCAGCUGCCGCAGCAGCAGCCAUGGGAUGCGAUACCUCUACUGAUUCACCUUCUUGAGGACGUG